AUGAUGUCUUCAAAGUCUCCCAUCAUUGAACCAUCUUUCUUUACUUGUCUCCAUCGCUCUGUAUUUCUGUCUCUUAUUUUAAUGGUGAUAAUUGUUCUCUCUCUCUCUCUCUCUCUCUCUCUCUCUCUAUCUAUCUAUCUAUCUAUCUAUCUAUCUAUCUCUUGGUCAAAAAGCGCUUCUUCCAAGUUCUACAUAAAAAGUAUUAAUGCCUCUCACGAGAGUCGUGUUUGUUUUCUUAACUCGCGGAUCAUAGUUCAGAGUUCAUGCGGACGUGCAGGAGGUUGGUGGCUCGAAUCACGAGGGAGUUUUCCUUUUUGCUUUUUUAUAGGACCGGAAAGUCAGAGGAACGACGAAUCAACGACCUGUUCAACACGAUUCAACUUGACCAGAACAAACCAACUUCUUCGGACGAUGAAAAACCUUCUGGGUAACAACACCAUGUCAGAGACCUUGCUACAGAAACUCCGGCUAGACAAGCUGCCAACCCACACCGCGCAGAUUUUGGCAACGCUUUCUGAGGACUUUGACAUACUACGAUUGGCUGCAAUAGACGAUAGAAUCGUGGAGCCAAGGACCCUCAAUAGCACCCAUAUUUCUUCGGCGGACACCACGUGA